AUAUUAAACAUUAUAAUGACGGAUCCGGAACAAUAUUAGUUCAAAUAGUUCGUAAAAACUCUUCUGCAACUCCCUCGGCUGCUUUGAAAAUUGAUGUUGGUUUGGGAAUUCCGUACCCAAAUUAUUGUUUUGGCAGUGAUGUAUUCUUAAGGCCUAUUCGAGUUUAUCCGCUAUAUAAUGAUCUCAUGUUGGUGGUGACGUACACGAAUGCCGCUGAUGAAAGUGAUUAUUCGACAUUUCAAUACUCCUCGGGAAAUCAUGCUUGGACACCUAAUAAUGCCGUCAUAAGAAUAAAUAUUGAUCCCAGUGACGUUAAUGUUAAAAUCUCAUUAUUGGCUGGAGAUAUAUUUAUGGUGCCUAUUGAAAUUAGUACAACAAUUAGUACCAUAGAUGGAGGUUAUGCUAUUGUAUUUGCCAAUGUCACUCCUGACAGUAGCAUAAGUAUUAAUAACCCAUUUAUGACGCACCCAGGAUUGUGA